AUGCCCGACGUCGCGCCCGGCGCGGCGUGCUCCAAGACGACGAUCGCGCAGUCCUGGCACUCUCCGACAGAUAUCAAGCUGAAGGGGCCGUUCCCGCGGUGCUGCAAGUCGCGCUCACCACCUCAUCUACUCCGUGAUCAAGCCGCUGCGAGCGUCCUGCAAUCCAUUGCUUCUGGUCGGCGAGCUGGAAGCACUCGUCAAGCACACCUCACCGAUCGCACUCGCGCUAGAGGUCAGCGUCGCGCUUCUAAUGUCGGCAUCGAUCUGGAACAGGUGUUUUACGUACCUCGAGCCACCCUGAACGCCCUACCACCUCCCGUGCAACUGCGGAUCCGCUCCUUCCACAUCACCUCGGACUACUACAAGCACAUGGACGUGAUACGCCGCCUCUCCCGCGCGCUCGCCGCGCUCCCGAACCUCGCCCACGUCAGCAUCACUUUGCCCGCGUACCCUACAGCCAGCGCGUGGAAGGUGACGCGCUCCCACACCCGAAGGGAGGUCACCAUCAUUGCGACCUUCAAUGAGCUGCGCCGCGGAGCGUCCCUGACGUGCUCCCGCGCCUACGUCACCCGUGCCGCGGCGCUGUUCGGUGGUGCGGGCGGGUCGAUGCGCGAGUGGAAGUGGGGGUGGAUCAAGCGGGUGACGAAGGGCGGUCAGGUAGGCGCGGUGGAGAUCUAA